CUGUCUCCAGGUGUUUGAGAUCUUUUGCCCUCUGUCAGCUGGGAGAACUUUCCCCACCACCAUGAUCGUAGAUGUUAUCAGUGCAGCAAACGUGUUCUUUUCAUCUGACAGACCGCCUGUCAGGCUUUCAUCGUGUGAUUCAGAUGGUCUGCAGAGAUAACAGGAAUCUCCCGUUUUGUUUCUUGAGCUGUUAUCAUCUCAAAGAUCAGGCGUGAUCACAUCUGAUCAGCAUAAAUUGUGCUGAUCUGAGAGCAGUCGCACACAGACGCUGGACGGGACCAGAGCAACAUCAUGAAGCUGCUGAGGCACGGCGUCUACACUCUGCUGGUAUGUUGCAGUGCAUUGUGGGUCGCUCACUCCGAGGUUGAAACUGAAUCUGCAGCUGAAUGUGACACCAUGCUGACGUUCUCCUCUGAGAUCACCAGCUUGACUGAAGGAAACGGGGACAUCCACAGCAGAUCUCUGUCUCCGUGGAACUGGACGCCAAACACGGACAGAAACCGAAUCCCCAGGACGCUCUGGGAGGCCGAGUGCAGUACCAGCUUUUGUUCCAGUCCCAUCCCAGGACAGAAGGACCAACACAACCUGAACUCAGUCCCCAUCUACCAGGACAUUCUGGUCCUGACCUCACACAAUGGCCGGCGCUGCUACAAAGCAUCGUUCCGCUCUGUGGCGGUCGGCUGCACCUGUGUUCGAGCCGAGACCGAUCAGAAGUGAAGCCCAGGAAACAGAAAUGUUUCGAAAUAAAAGGAGCUAAAAAAUAAGUUAAUUGAAACCUGGUCAUUUCAUUCUUGCUGUUGUAUUUAUUUAAAAACUGCACAGUGCGUGUUAACAUCAGAUGUGCCAGAUUUGAAUCAGCUUUUAUCUAUAAUCUCUGUGCAGGUAACAUAAAAAACACACAAACAAAUAAAAACUACGUGGAGUAAAAAAUGAUGACAAGU